AUGGUCCUCACCGAGAAGAACGAGGUCCUGGACUUCAUAGCGGGAUCACCAUACCUGCCAUAUGAUUCCAUGGAACCUCCCCCAACAAGGGAGGUCGAAGAACUCGUCAAAAAAGUGAAGGACGAAAGGCUGGAACUUCUGCUUGGGUGCGAUGCGAACUCACACCAUCUGGGGUGGGGAAGCUCAAAUACCAAUGCUAGAGGAGAAGCCCUAAAUGACUUCAUUAUGGAAAAAGACCGCCAAAUCCUGAACAGAGGAAAAGAACCAACCUUCAUGGACUGCAGAAGACAUGAAGUGUUGGACAUAACCAUCUGCACGGCAGGCAGGGCACGUUGGGUUAAAGACUGGAGGGUGUCGAAAAAACCUUCGGGCUCAGACCACAGCCAAAUACGCCUGUCAUUAACGUGCGAAUCGGAACAGAUCCCUAGGAGAAACCCAAAGGACACAAACUGGGGAAGUUACAGAGAGGAACUCUUCGUGAGGAUCCAAGAUGUACCCUCAAGAUUCAGAACCAAGAGAGACCUGGAACAUGCAGCCGAACGUCUCGGAGAAGUGAUCAAGGACUCCUAUGAAAACAACUGCAACAUUAAAAGACCGCCGAAUACAAAAAUGGUGGGCUGGUGGAAUAACCAACUGUCCAUUUUAAGAUGCCAGCUAAGGAAAGCGUGGAACAAGGUGAAGACCGCGUACACGGAAAACAGCAGGCAGAAGGCCCUCGAAGAUCGCAGAGGUCUUCAGAGGAAAUACAAUAAGGCACUC